CGUCCCUCUCAGGGGACCGGAGCGUGUGUGAGGGCUCGGCUUCGGGGGGGAGGUCGGGACAGGCGGCGCCUUCCUCCUCAGCCCCCCAGGACUCCCCUCCGUCCCUCCCUCCCUCCGUCCCUGUUUCUGGCUGGCUGGCGGCCCCGCUGUCUUCGAGGAGCCUCCGCGAGAAGCAAGCUACUGGAUGUAGGUCGUUGAUGUAGAAAAUGCCUUUAAGGGACAAGUGUUGUCAGACUGACCACCAUCACCAUGGAUGCUGUGAACCAGGACAUAUUAUGGAGCCUGGGGAUCCUCCUUUAUUGCGGCAACCACUUCAGACAUCAAAAUCUGGCAUUCAACAAAUUAUUGAGUGUUUUCGAUCAGGAACUAAACAACUUAAGCAUAUUUUGCUGAAAGAUGUGGACACUAUUUUUGAAUGUAAAUUGUGUCGCAGUCUCUUCAGAGGACUACCAAAUUUAAUAACCCAUAAAAAUUUCUACUGUCCUCCAAGUCUCCGGAUGGAUGACAAUUCCCCUGAUGUAAAUGACAAACAAAGUCAAGCCACAAGUGAUCACUUAGAAGCUGUGCAUCCAAGACUGGACAAGCAAGGUUAUAUAAUCCGUCUUGAACCUAUAGAAACAAACCAGAACGCUGUUUUUCAGUUUGUAUCAAAAGCUGAUAGUUCAGUGGAAAAUACUGAGAGGAAUGCCUCUGAUGAUCCAGUUGCUGUAGGAGUGCCAGAACCUACCACAGAACCUCCUACAGCAGUUCCAACUCCUGCCGAAGUAGAAACUGUAGAUGUGCCGCCUCCUCUUGCCACUGCUGCUGCCACCACUGCUGCUAACAAGGCAGUAUUGACUCCAGAAGAACCAACCGCAUCCUCAAAGCCCAAGUUAAAAUGCAAUAACAACACUGAUUCUGGUCAUCAGUUGAUUUGUUGUCUGUGUAAAAAAGAAUUUCAUUCCAGACGUAGUGUACGGCGACAUAUUAGAAAAGUGCAUAAGAAAAAGAUGGAGGAACUAAAGAAAUUUAUUGAAAUUAAAAAAAAGCCAAAUAAGGCACCUGGAAGGGGUCGCAGUAAAAAUGUUCUUGUAACACUGGGUAGAAGUUGUCCUGUAUGUUUUAAAUCUUUUGCCACAAAAGCAAAUGUAAGGAGGCAUUUUGAUGAAGUUCAUAGGGGACUGAGGAGGGAUUCCAUAACUCCUGAUAUAGCGACAAAACCUGGGCAACCUUUAUCUUUAGAAACAGCCUCUGCUAAAAAAUCUGUUAAGGCUGGAAAACAAAAAUCAUCUUCAAAAGCAGAAUACAACUUAACUGCAUGCAAGUGCCUCUUGUGCAAAAGGAAAUAUAGUUCCCAAGUAAUGCUGAAAAGGCAUAUGCUGAUUGUUCACAAGAUAACUCUUUCUACAAAGAAUACUAAAAAAGAGAAGAAGGCCAGUAAUACUUCUAAUGCUGAAGUAAAGGUUAAAAUUGAGUCAACAGAACCUGAAGAAUCAGUACAUCCCAUUGUUGCUUCUCCACAGAACGAAGUGAAGGGAACAAGUAAUUCAAGUGAAAGAAAGAACAUACCGCCAACUAAAAGGAACAGAGUUAAGCAGAGUUGUGAAAACUCAAAGUCAAGUAAUCAGUCUCUUACAAGUGCUCCCAAGAAGCCCAGAAAGCCAAGGCUUUCAGCUGGCUUUGAUUUUAAAAAACUUUAUUGCAAGUUAUGUAAACGACAAUUUACUUCAAAACAAAACUUAACAAAACACAUUGAGCUGCACACAGAUGGAAGUAACAUAUAUGUUAAAUUCUACAGGUGUCCUCUCUGCACUUAUGAGACACGUCGAAAACGUGAUGUGAUAAGACACAUAACAGUAGUACAUAAGAAGUCUUCACGCUAUCUUGGUAAGAUAACUGCAAGUUUAGAAAUUCGAGCAAUUAAAAAACCUAUUGACUGUGUUCUAAAUAAAGUGGCAAGAAGAGGCCCUCAGAAGGAUGAGAGUAAACAAAAUGGUUCGAAACAGGAUGUCACCGCUAACUCUCCAAGCAAAAAAUAUGAAGGAGCGGAUGUUGGUAUUGAAGUAAAAGUCACAAAAAACUUUUCUCUGCACAGAUGCAAUAAAUGUGGGAAAGCAUUUGCCAAAAAGACUUUCCUAGAACAUCAUAAGAAGACCCAUAAGGCAAAUGCAUCACACACCCCUGAAGAAAACAAUAAAACCAAAGGCAGAAGUACACGGUCUAAAGCUCUUGUUUGUUGAAGAACACAUAGUGCCUUCUUUAAUGAUUACCUAAAUUUACUGUAGGUACUUCCUCAAAAACACCUUUCUUCAUGGACCUGAUUCUAUAGAAGAUAAGAAAAAGAUUGCAUUUAUUCCAUAGCCAUUUCCCCCUGUGGGAUGAAACAAAGAGCUUGAUUUCUGAGUUUGCCUUCUUUUAAGGGCACUGAACCAUUUUGAGUUAUAUAGGGUUGGUUUUACAAUUUAAUAUUCUGUAUCAAGUUAUUUUGGCAUAAUGUUUAUAAGUAGAUGCCAUAGUUCCAAAGGUUUUUUUUAAAAUUUGCUUUGCACUUACUGGUUCUGGCCAGGCAAAGAAGACCUUAAUGGCCUGGAGAUGGCCUGUGGAUACUGUGUUGCCUGUGGUUUAAUCUGUUAGCAAAAGUUUUCGGCAUACAGUUUUUUAUAAAAUCCUAAUAUACUUGUGACUAUUUUAAAAUUAUGUUAGCUUUUUUUUUUUGCAUUGCAGAUGCCCAUUCUCUUUUCACUCACACAAGAUGGCAGUCCCCCAAAAAUAAAUUCCUGUUUUUUUCUGAGCAAGGGUUUUGUCUGAUUGUUUGGCAUAUUUAGUCCUUCAAUUUGAAAGUGUUAACUUAAUGUUUGUUUCCAUGGACCACACUAAAAAUGAGUUGUGAUGGGGAAUCAGGUAUUCUGCAGUUCCAGUUUACUAUAUGGCGUUUAAGAAAUGUAGACCAGUCUUAAAAUUAA